AAUAACAUCGAGCACGCACCCUGGACGUACAUCAUGGAAAUCCACACAUAACGUUUACCCAAUCACUAGCGUUCUCAACUUGGGCUUUGGCGCUUGACGCUCCCGAACAAGCUUGGGAUCACAAUGGCUAACAUAAUAUAAAGCCAUGACACGUCAGAACAGCUCUGUCCAAUGACCGCGAUGUCGAUUCACGUCCCACUCCCUAUCCCAACUAACUCGCACGAUGCUGCGCCACCUUCAGCACUUCCUGAGAAGGAGCAAACUCUAUAUGACCAUGUUCUCGAACACUUCUCUGCAGCAGACUAUACGCUUCCGAAUGUCAACCAGGAGAAGGUUGCACUGACGGUCGAUGAAAAAUUUUGGCUGUCAUAUGAAUGUCUUCUGAGAUAUUUACGUGCUACCAACUGGAACGCAAAUGCGGCCAUAAAGCGCUUAGAAGAUACGCUCAAGUGGAGACGUGAAUUCGGGAUCUACGACAAAAUCACUGCUGAAUAUCUUGAACCAGAGGCAAAGGACGGCAAAGGGUUUAUCUUCGGCUACGAUACCCACGGUCGACCUGCCAUCCAUUUGAGCCCCUCAAAGCUGAGUGCCGAAGAGUCACAUCGUACAAUCCAGUUCAUUGUCUGGAUGGUCGAACGUGCUUUUGACCUUAUGGGGCCAGGUGUUGAGACUCUUGCGGUGCUGGCAGAUUAUGCGGACAACACCAGAAAUCCAUCAUUUGGUAUGGUCCGCACAAUAGUGGACAUCGUUCAAACACAUUAUCCAGAACGCCUCGGUCUUGUGCUCAUCGCUCAUCUUCCCUGGCUUUUGAACACAUUUUUUAAACUACUCAUGCCAUUCCUGGAUCCAUUCACUCGACAGAAGCUGGUCUUCAAUCCUGUCAUCAAUGAGAAUGGUGUUUUUCGGACGACCGAGGACGCUGAAGCAUGGGAUGCCGAUAGCACAUCACGAGUAUUUGAGCCGGACCAACUUAUCCAGGAGGGUUGGAUUGGCUCCCAGCGGUUUGUCUAUUCUCAUGCCGUUUAUUGGGAGGCGCUAGUGACGCUAUGUGAGGAGAGGCGGUCUAGGAUGGUCGCGGCGUGGCAUUGCAUUGGGGGGAAGGUUGGCACUAAGGAGUGGGAAGUUAAGGUUGCUGUCAGGGACGAGACUGUACAAGGGAAUGACAGAGAAUAACCAGCCUCAGUCCUGGACAGUAGUCAGGUUUCAUUGUCUAUUUGUAUUCCAUUUUCUUCACCGACACACUAAAAUGCUAUUAUACCGGAACGAUGUAAA